AUGACAGACUUGAACUCACAGCUGAAUUACGCCAAUAGCUUGCAUUACCAGCAACAGCAACAGUUGCAAAACCAUCUCCAGAAACUACAGAGCAACAUCAAGACUGGUCAGGACAAGGUGCCAUCAUCCAACAACAAUAAUACCAAUGAAAACCCAUUAUUAAACAUUCCUCUAGAUCAACAACAACAACAAAACCAACAACGACCACAACCUCAACAACAUCAUCAAUCAGCUCAGAUGUUUACUAAUAAUGGGUUGUUUACAGAAACACUUUCUCCAUUCUUUGCCCCAUAUGGUAUUGAUGUUUCCCAUUUCCCUUUGACAAAUCCUCCAAUUUUUGAAAGUGCCUUGAUGGUUAAUAACCAAGGACAACCAAGAAGAAGAAUAUCUAUUUCAAAUGGUCAAAUUGGUCAAAUUACAACACAUAGUUUGAACGGGGAUGAUUUAUAUGAUAGUCAACCACCGCCUCUACCCAAACCAUCUUCACAAGAUGACUCUAAUAUAAACCAACAAUUAUACAAUCCAUCUUUAGGAAUAGAUCCUCUUACACCAAACAUUCAAAUUCCACCUCAACCACAGCAGCAACAACAAGUUCCUCCUCCUCAACAGAUACCUCAGCAUCUAGUUAAUGUCCCACCACCUCAACAACCUCCAAUUCCUCAACAGCAACAACAACCUCCUCCACCACCACCUCAACAACAACAGCAACAGGUGAAGCAAACCAAUCAACCAUACACCACUUUAGGCCAAUCUGGUAUUCCAAAUCAUAAAUUGGUUUAUAACAAUGAAGUUAUAUUCAAUCCAGAUGCAGGUCCAAUCCCAGGUACAGCAGCAUGGAAAAAGGCUAGAUUAUUGGAGAGAAAUAGAAUUGCAGCUUCAAAAUGUAGACAACGUAAAAAAGCUGCACAUAUUCAACUAAAAGAAGAUGUUGAAAAAUAUCAAUUUCAAAUUAAUCAGUUGAAAAAAGACAAGAAGAGAUUGAUUGAUUUUUAUCAAGAAGUUAAAAUGCUUUAUGAAACAAAUAGAGCUAAUGAUGUUGAAGAGUUGGGUAAAUUAUUGGGUGGAAUCUCUUUUGAAGAUUUUAGUAAUGGAGAUUUUGAAGUGAAUGAGGAUGAAGAUGAUGAUUACGAAGAUGAGUGA